UGGAGAGUCGCUGCGCUGGACUUCGGAGUCUAGAUGUCGGUUCCGGUGAUCUUCCCGUUGAGCGGACUCUGGGAAUCGACUGGGACACGGACACCGACAUGUUAUCCAUCCACGUCACGCCGAGAGUCAGAGAAGUGACCAGAAGAGGAAUACUAUCAGUAGUAAGUUCGUUUUUUGAUCCACUGGGCCUGGUGUCUCCUUUCAUCUUGAGAGGGAAAUUGCUACUGAGGGAGCUGUGUCGUGAGGGCUGCGGAUGGGACGAUCCCGUGCCCAGCGAUGUGGCUGACGCAUGGAAGCAGUGGAUGGAGAGUAUGUUGGCUCUGAAGAUCGUGAGUGUUCCACGAUGCUAUGUGGAAGGUGGGCUGCAGGACAAGAUGACUGUAGAGCUGCAUCAUUUCUCCGACGCCAGCGCUGUGGGCUACGGGCAGUGCAGUUACGUGAGGACGGUUGACCAAAAUGGACUGGUCAACUGUUCACUGAUCAUCAGCAAGGCUCGUGUGGCACCAACCAAGCCGGUUACGGUGCCAAGGCUCGAGUUGACCGCUGCCGUACUCUCUGUGAGGAUGAGCAAGUUCCUCCAGGACGAACUGAAGCUGCAGCACCUACAAGAGUUCUACUGGACAGACAGUAAGGUGGUGUUAGGCUAUAUUUCGAACGAAGCGAGACGUUUUCACGUUUAUGUCGCGAAUCGAGUUCAGGAAAUUCGCAACCAUACUGAGCCAAGUCAGUGGAGGCACGUGACAAGUGAGGAGAAUCCAGCCGAUCUUGCCUCCCGAGGCAUCAGAGCCGAGGAAUUGGUGGACAGUGCCUUGUGGUGGCACGGACCUGCCUUCCUGUCCCGUGCGGUCCUGCCGGAGGGCGAGGGACCACGGGAGGUUGGAGACGAAGAUCCUGAGGUGAAGUCACGCUCUGCUUUCAGCUUCGCCACAGCAGUGCGGGAGGAGUUCGCUGGAAUUCCGAAGAGGCUCGAGUACUUCUCUAGCUGGUUGCGAGCCAAGCGAGCAGUAGCGACGUGCGUCCUGUACGUGAGGAAACUUCACCACCUCGUGAUGAUGAAGAGGAGUGCCGUGCAGUCACGAGAUGUUCCCAAAACGCAAGUCGGAGUAGAAGAACUGGAAGAAGCAGAGAGGAUCAUUCUGACAGCAUUGCAGCGACAGGAGCUGCCAGGUGAAGUCGACCGCGCUGGACGAUCGGGACAGGCAAGGACGGUGGGAGCCGGCCGGCGGACCGCCACGGUUCCCAAAGAGAUGUCUCGUCUCGAUCCAGUUGUGCGAGACGGGUUGAUCUGUGUUGGUGGGAGGCUUCGCAGGAGCGGUUUUCCAGAGAGUGAGGUGCACCCUGUUAUCAUCCCCAACCGAAGCCAUGUGACGUAUCUGAUCGUCAAGGAGUGCCAUGAGAAAGUCGGACAUGCUGGGCGAGGUCUCACUCUCGCUCGACUGAGGUCAUCUGGCUACUGGGUCGUCGGAGGGAGACGAUCGGUGGCACGCCUGAUUCUGAAGUGUGUCAACUGCAAGAAGCUCCGUGGCCACGUUCUGAAUCAGAAGAUGGCCGACCUGCCGCAUGACAGACUGGAACCUGCGGCGCCUUUCACCUAUUCAGGCGUGGACUUGUUUGGUCCAUUCCUGGUACAGGAGCGACGGAGUGAAGUGAAAAGGUGGGGCGUUCUCUUCACGUGCAUGUCGUCUCGGGCAGUGCAUAUCGAGACGGCAAACUCACUGUCGACGGACUCUUUUCUUAACGCCUACAGACGGUUUGUGAGCCGAAGAGGCCCGGUGAGGGUGCUGCGAAGUGACAGAGGCACAAACUUCGUGGGCGGGAAGAGAGCCUUAGAGCAGGCUUUGGACGAGAUGGACGACGACAGGAUACGCAGAGAGCUGGUGAAGGAGAACUGCGACUGGGUCAUCUUUCGGAUGAAUGUCCCAACAGCCAGCCACGCAGGAGGCGUCUGGGAGCGAAUGAUUCGCUCCGCUCGGGCUGUCUUGGGCGGUCUCGUUCAGGAAUGUCACGGGGCUCGGCUGGAUGACGAGCUCCUGCGAACGCUGCUCUGCGAAGUGGAAGCUAUCGUUAAUAGCAGGCCCCUCACAUCCUUCAACAUGACUCCCGAUGAACCCCACCCAAUCUCACCCAUGACUCUACUAACACAGAAAUGUAAUGUAGUGCUUUCGCCGCCUGGUGCCUUUCAGAGGACUGACGUCUACUGCCGUCGUCGCUGGCGACGCGUCCAGUACCUGGCAAACCGGUUCUGGCAACGAUGGCGCUCCGAGUUCCUCCCGAGUCUCCAGGAAAGGAGGAAAUGGGCGACAGCGCACGAGAACAUCGAACUGGACAGCGUCGUGCUCGUUGUCGACGACAACUCUCCCCGCUGCAAGUGGAUGCUGGGGCGCGUCACGCGGCUUCAUCCGUCCGACGACGGAUUCGUCCGGCGGGUCGCCGUACGCACGAAAGACGGAACAUAUGAUCGACCGAUACAGAAGCUGGUGCGGCUCCUCCCGUAGGCGCCGACUUCGGUGGCGCUCGGCGGAGCUGGGCCGCGCGCUGCUGGUGGCUCCGGCGGCGCUCUGCGGGGCCGGGCCGCGCGCUGGUGGUGGCUUCGGCGGUGCUUGAGCAGAGUUGGCGGCUGCAGCCAUCGACGGCGCUCAGUGGGGCUGAACUGUGCGUGGCUGUCAGGCUGAACUGUGUAGCUGCUGCGUAGCCUAGACUACUGCUACGACCCUGAGCGUUGCGCGUGGGACUGUCUGUGGCUCUGACAGUGACGACGGUGGCUCAUUCGAUGACAGUGGCUCAGACGUUGAAGGUUGAACUGAGACAUACGGUCAUGCAGUGCCUCAGAGCGUGCGACAUAAACAGUUAACAGCCACCGACAGUGUGGUGGUUGUUAGUGCGUUGUGAACUGAGGAGAGUGGCACGUCAGCCGACGAGUGAGCUGACUAGUAUGUGUUGGCGCUACGUAUCGUGAGCGGCUGCCGAGUGACGCUUAGUGAUGGACGACGGGCAACUCCCGUGACGUAAGAUGAUUUCAGUUUGCCACCAUCUUUACCGUCGUCGGUCGUGUGGCGCAGGAUGGUUGCGCUCCGCCGUCGUGUUGCGCAAAUGUGGACUGUCUUGUUAUAGAAUCGUGACCGAUUGGUGGGAGUGUAACCGCCGCCCAGAGGUCAUUGGGCAGCGAUGUUUUCUUUUCCCCAAUUUGCCGCCUCCAAUUAAUAGAACCUUGAAUAGGGCGUGGCACGCGGUGAAGCGUGGCCAUUGACACGUACGAUUGUGAUACUGGGACGUCAGAUCCCACAAAAGUAAGAUUAUUGUCCAUUGAUAAUUGAUUAAUGUUUUACGUACAAUAUAGCGGCACC